ACUUCACACUCAGGGAGACACUUAUGUUCACAGCCAUGCUGAGACUGCCAGAGAAGAUGCCGUACCAUCAGAAGGAGAAAAAAGUUGAGGAAAUCGUGGAUGCCCUGGACAUUAGGAAAUGUCUGGAUACAUUGAUAGGAACAGAUCUGAAAAGAGGAUUGUCUGGCGGUGAGAAGAAGAGAGCGAACAUCGCCAGUGAGCUGCUCACAGACCCUUCUCUCAUGCUACUGGAUGAGCCGACGUCCGGGCUGGACUCCAGCACAGCCUACAGCCUGAUGACAACAGUAAAGCACUACACAGAGCAGCACAACAAGACUGUGGUCACCACCAUCCACCAACCCUCCAGUCAGAUAUACCACAUGUUUGACAAGCUGCUACUCAUGGCGGAUGGAGAGAUUGCGUAUUUUGGAGACGCCCACAACAUCCUGGAGUUCUUCAGCAGACUGGGAAUGCAGCCCAAGCCUAACUACAACCCUGCUGACUUCAUCUUGGAGAAAGUGAAAGAAAGUGAAGAAGUGGAGAAGAAAAUCAUCAGUGCCUCCAACGAGAUGAGGAAAGUUUCGCCCCUGUCCCCCCUGACAGACUCCAGUGAAACCUUCUCAACCAGUAGAAAAAACAGCACACAAAACGGAGGCAUCGGAACCAUCAGUGGACAGAACCACAGGAACGGCCUGGAUCCAAAAGAUGUUCAUCUGAACCACCUUCCUAAUGGUGCAGUAGCUGUGGACAUGGGGGAGAGUGACAAGGAGGCAAAGUGGCCAACGGGAUUCCUGACACAAUACAAGGUUUUGACCCAGAGAAACUUCAAAGAGGCCAAGCCUCGGCUGUACUCGCGCCUAAACUGGAUACAGAACAUCGCGGUGACCCUGAUCCUCGCCCUGGUCUGGUUCCAGACGUCCCUCGUUGAGGAGAAGAUUCGAGACGUCUCCGGAGCCAUUUUCUUCUUGAUCACCUACUGGGGGUUCAUGCCUAUGGCUGAUGCCCUGUUAGCAUUUCCAUCAGAGAGACUUGUGGUGAACAAAGAGCGGCUGGCUGGGUCCUACCGCCUGUCAUCCUACUACCUGGCUAAGGUGACGAGCGAGGCUCCCCUCAUGCUGCUCCUCCCCACUGUGAUGAUCUCAGUGUGUUAUCCCAUGUGUGGGUUCGGCAAUGCUGCUGGUUUCUUCUCUACAUGGAUUCUUCUCAUGCUGAGUGCACUCACUGCACAGUCCAUAGGGUUCUUCAUGAGUUCAGUGUUCUUCGAGUUCCGUGAGGGCCUAGUCGCUGUGUCUGUGUUCAUGCUGAGUAACCUGCUGCUUGGAGGGUUCUACAACACAGACAUCCCCUUCUUUCUGUCUUCCAUAGGAUUCUUCAUGAGUUCAGUGUUCUUCGAGUUCCGUGAGGGCCUAGUCGCUGUGUCUGUGUUCAUGUUGAUUUCCUCUCCCCAGUCCAUAGGCUUCUUUAUGAGUUCAGUGUUCUUCGAGUUCCGUGAGGGCCUAGUCGCCGUGUCGGUGUUCAUGUUGAGUAAUCUGCUGCUCGGAGGGUUCUACAACACAGACAUCCCCUUCUGGCUGGACUGGGUGCAGUACUUCGCCUUUCUCAACUACUCCUUCCAGGCUCAGCUCAAUGUGCACUUCACUCCCAACCACCUCUACAGGUGCAGCACAGACAAGUCCUUGUACAACACUUGUAUCGAUGCCAUGAACUCAACUUCAACAGAGGCAACGGUCGGUAACAUCGGAACUGCAGCCGCCACUACCCUCGGCUCUGUCCUCACUAGCUCAGCUUCAGCCAUAAACUCCACCUCACAAAUGAUCCUUAACACUACGACUCAAGCCACAACUUCUCUAAGUAAUACCAUGGUCACGAAUGCCACGAUGGUACCACCUUCGUUGCCCACAGUACACAUACCUCCAGAGGAGGUACUGCAACAGUUAGGAGCGACGUUUCCGAUGUGGGUGAAUAUUGUGGUAAUGUUGGGCAUCAUGUUUGUGUUCAGGUACUUAGGUUACCUGGUACUCAGGUAUUUUAGGAAGCCAGAAUGAUUUUUGGUACUUAUGAGAUCUUUUUUGCAACAGUGCACAGUUUUAAAUGUGGUUCUGUUGGGCAUCUUGUUUGGGUUUAUGUACCUGGACUACCUCUACUCUCCAAGCAGAGGUUGAAUCGCGCAGAUAUAGUAGUAGUCGGAAGAAUAACACGGGCACUCUUCCGACUACUACUAUAUCUGCGCAAUUCAACCUCUGCUUGGAGAGUUGGCUACCUCGUGCUGAGGUAUUUUAGGAAACCUGAAUAGAG